CACAAGAAACGAAAACACAUUUUGAGUAACAACUUUACAAUGGGGAAGAAAAAGAGCAAAUCCACUGCUGAUCACACAAGAAAUAAGAGAAAACAUCAAGAAAAGAAGAUAAAUCCUUUUGAAGUGAAAGUCAACAGACAAAAACAUGAUAUUCUCGGUAGAAAAAUGUCAAAAUUUGAUAAGGGUAUGCCUGGUGUUUCAAGGUCUAAGGCAACAAAAAGGAGGAAGGCAACCUUGCUGAAGGAGUAUGAACAACAGUUCAAGAAAAAUCGUUUCAUUGAUAAGAGAAUAGGAGAGCAUGAUGCAGCCUUGUCAUUGGAGGAGAAAAUGAUGAAAAGAUAUGCUAUGGAAAGAUCUAAAUCAACAGUAAAGAACAAGUUUAACUUGAAUGAGGAGGAAGAGUUAACACAUUAUGGCCAGUCUCUAGCUGAUAUAGAAAAGUUUGAUGAACCAGUCAUCAGUGAUGAUGAUGACGAUGAUGAUGACAAAAGAGCGGCUGCUAAGCUUGUUGCCACAGAACAUUUUGGAGGUUUUAUGCAGAGAAGAGACCCUGAAGAUGAAAAGAAGUCCUGGAAAGAAAGAAUGGAGGACAUGAUUAAAGACUCAAAAAAGAAAAAGCAUGAGAGACAAAUGGAGAAAGAAGAAACAGUUCAGAUGACAGUAGAAUUAGAUGAACAAUGGAAAUCAUUACAUUCUCUCAUUAGUAAAAAUAAAAUGAAGGGUAAGAGUGAUGAUGAAGUGAAGAAAACAACAGAUGACUAUGACAUUGCUGUUAGAUCUUUACAAUUCGAAAUGAAAGGCCAGGCUACAGACAGAUUAAAGUCAGAGGAAGAGCUUGCCAAAGAUGAAAAAGAAAGACUUGAAAAGUUAGAG